AUGUUAGAUGAAAUUCAUAGACAAGAACGUGAAGAGCUAGAGAACAAGCUUGAAGCAAAAGACAAAAACAUACAGAAAAGAAUACCACGUUCGGUACCAAAAGGAAAGGAAAAGAACUAUAAGUAUAUGAUUUACACUGAAGAGAUGGAAAAUGAAGAAGACAGAGAUAUGGUUAUGUUGCAUUUAGUCAGAAGAAACAACAAAAGCUUUUACGACCUUGCUAAGAUUUACAAAUCUGACAGAAAUUGGUUCUAUCGCGAAAACUUACCGAUUUCAAUGACACCAAAUGAAGAUGUGAAACAAAUAGUUCAAGAUACGUUACCUCAAACACACUAUGAUAUUAAAGGUUGUACAAUACUUACAUUCAAAGAAGAUUUACCGCUACUGAAGGAAAAAAUAACAGAGUAUUUUGACAACUUCAAACAAGCAGAGUAG